AUGGCAUCACCGGGCGAGAAAAAAUUUCUUGUGUCUGAUAUUCACAACGAUACCGACACAAAUGAAGUCGCCGACAGUAGGACCGACUCCUUCGAUGACCGAGACCGACAGCAUCAUAUCUACAACCCCAGUCAUACUCGAUGGGUCUCUAAACUAUCAAAUUCCCGAUUCGGGGCUGUCCUAUUCUCUGCCCAUUUCUGCUACCUCACUGUCAUAUUAUUCCUCACAAUUCUAAACAUACUCCUUCUCAUUAAUACACAUAGUGCAUCCAACUCAAAACAUGGCAAUCCACAGCCUGUACCGUCCCCGGACCUUCCCCCGUUAUGCGGCACAUCUCCGGAAGAAGCCCGUGCUUUAGGAUGCGAAUUUGACGUAUAUGUGAACGGAUGGCUUCCAGCAGCAUGCUAUGACCGCUCAGUCGCCUCGAAUUCUGAGUCUAACUCCAGCAUUUUCUACCCUCUAGCAGCGGGACAAACCACCUUUCCAAUCUACUGGGACGAAAACUUCACUCAGCCGGCCACCCUUGAAGAUGUUGAGAAAGCCGCAUUUGAGAACGGCGAGGAUGGCCUCGACGUGCAGUUUCAUACCACCUACGGAUAUCACCGAGCACAUUGUCUGCAUUUAUGGAGACUGGCUGCCAGUGCAUUGGAGCGUGCCAGCAAAGGGGAGCGAGGAGUUGGCGUUUUUUACAAGGUGGCUAGCUAUACACACGCCGAGCAUUGCAAUACCAUUAUAUUAGAAGGGGACAAUAGAGACCCGAAUAAAAAAGAUGUCAUAACACCUGGGACUGCGCGAUGUGUCGGCCUGGACGACUUGUGGAAUGAGUCGUAUGGUUGGGCUGGCAGAUGGAAGGAGAUUUCUGGGUAA